CAAGAAAGAAAGCAAUGCCGUGAGAGUUUAACUCCAGAGAGAAUGAAAGUGAAGUUGCAGCAGAAAAGAAUUGAAUGAUCUAAAAAAAUCUCUGCAAUUUGGAGUGUUGAAAAUGAUAAUGUCUUCAUACAAGAGAACUAGAAAAUGGAAGAAGAAAUCUUGUAUCUUGAUUCUUGAAGGAUCGUCUGGUGACAGGUGCAGGGACGACCAGGGAAGGCUUCUCUGGCUUUUUCUUUCGCAAAAUAGCAAUGGCCGCUGUUUCCCCUCUGGCCAUUGAAAUUCCUAUGGCUUCCGGUUCAAUCUUCCAACCUGAGGCCUCUACGGAUGAUGAUUCUCAAGAACAUUUAUUGGCUGCGGGAGACAUUGAAGCAGGUGGAGAUGAUGCUCAAACCAAGUUUCGUAUACGCAACUUGACCAAGAAAUCCGAUGCCGGCGUUACUAUUCUCGGCGGAGUCAACUUGGACAUACCAAAGGGCGUUGUCUUUGGGAUCAUAGGUCCUAGCGGAAGCGGUAAAUCUACGCUCUUGAGGUCGCUGAACCGCCUGUGGGAGCCACCGCCCGGUACUGUGUUUAUGGAUGACCGAGAUAUUCGGAACCUCGAUGUUGUCAGCCUCCGCCGUAAGGUUGGAAUGCUCUUCCAGAUUCCGGCUCUAUUCGAAGGUACAGUCGCAGAUAACAUUCGAUUCGGACCACAAUUGAGGGGGAAGAAACUUACUAAUCAUGAGGUGCAUAAGUUGCUUACACUUGCUGAUCUUGAUUACUCCUUUCAUGAGAAGAAUGGUAGUGAGUUAUCUGUUGGUCAAACUCAAAAGGUUGCACUUGCUAGGACUCUAGCUAAUGAACCAGAGGUUUUGCUACUAGAUGAGCCAACGAGUGCCUUGGAUCCAAUAUCAACACAAAAUAUAGAGGAUGCUAUUGUGAAACUGAAGAAGAACCAAGGAAUGACAAUUGUUAUGGUUUCUCACAGUAUCAAACAGAUCCAGAGAAUUGCUGAUGUAGUUUGCCUCCUUGUAAAUGGAGAGGUUGCUGAAAUUUUAAAACCUGAUGAACUCUCACAAGCCAACCAUUCCAUGGCACAAAGGUUUCUUCAACUCAGCUCUUGAGAAUUUGUCGUUGUAUGCUUUCUUCUUAUCUUGAUGUUUUUGUCUACGUAAUUAUCUUGUAAACUAUUUCCUGGUAUUUUAAGUGCUUGUUUGGCAUUGUAGUUGAAGGGCCAAAUCUGCUUUGAGGAAAAACCAAACAUACUUAAUGAUUUGUUUUUAGAGAAUGUAAUGAUUUUUUGAUGCAUGUUUGGAAAAAUUAAGAAUA